AUGGCAGAUUACAUUUCAAGUCCCCAAUACGUGGUGGAAGUUUCCUCACAGAGAGACUCUUAUGAGCGAAGGAAAAUAUGGCGUGUUCAUGCUGAAGCAAACAACAUAGACUUUGAGGAGUCAGUUGUGUCUCAGAUAUACUUUGUUGACUUGCUAAUGGACUGCCUGAAGGCACACUGUCGCAUGUCUGUUACUGAUAUCGUGAAACUAACUGAUAACGCAUCCAAACAGGCUUUUUGUGAAUUACUUUCCGGCAACAAGUCACAUCAUCUCAUCAAAUAUUUUAUGGAGAAAGAAAAUAUCUCAUUCAGCCAGAGCGAAAGAAGGAACAUUUUACUGGGUGUGUGCACGAAUGCUGCGACCAGUGUACUGAAAUACAUCAGUGGACGCAUGGAACUUGAGGUGAAUGUUAGAUACGGUCAGAUGAAGAAGACGCCGCUUAUGUUAGCAGCAGAAACCAGGGACAGUGUGUUUGUCAAUCAGAUUUUGCCUCUUGACCCUGAUCUGAAUGCAAGAGACCAUUGGGAUUUUAGUGUGUUUACAUAUCUUUGUGAAAAUGGCCUUACAUCAGCCGUGGAACAUGCGAUUGACAAAGGUGUGGACAUUAAUAAGGAUCAUGGGCGAUAUAUACACCCCACAUACCUUGCGAUAAAGGAAGGUCACUUAGAGGUGGUGAAACUGUUGGUUAACAGAGGUUGUGAUAUAGAUAACCAGAAAGGCCUAGGAGCUGCUGUUCGGAGUCGGAACGUGAAAAUGUUGCAGUUCUUUUUAAACAGAGGAGCAGAGGUUGACGCUUAUGCUGUGUUCAUAGCAUGUACGGUCGGGGACAUGAAUGUCGUCAAGAUGUUGUUUGAGAAGGGUGCUACUGUGAACAUGAAGGCAUCUGAUGGAAGUACUCUUCUUCUGAGCUCAUGCAUAGAAAACGCUAAUGUUGCCUCGUAUUUGCUGGAGAAAGGAGCCAAUGUGAACCAAGCUUCAAAUGUUACAGGAGACACUCCACUUCUUAAAGCAGCAGAGCUGGGAUCUACAGAGAGUAUGGAGGUGUUACUAAAGGCUGGAGCUGAUGUUAAUGUACAGAAAAAUACAGGUGGCACACCACUUCAUAGAGCAGCAGGAGCAACAGAGCGGGGAUCUACGGAGUGCGUUCAUGUGUUACUGAGGGCUGGAGCGAAUGUUCAUGUACAGAAUAACACAGGCGGCACACCACUUCAUAUAGCAACAGAGCGGGGAUCUACGGAGUGCGUUCAUGUGUUACUGAAGGCUGGAGCGAAUGUUCAUGAACAGAAUAACACAAUCGGCACAUCACUUCAUAUAGCAACAGAGCGGGGGUCUACGGAGUGCGUUCAUGUGUUACUGAAGGCUGGAACUGAUGUCAAUGUACAAAAUAACACAGGUGAUACAGCACUUCAUGGAGCAGCAGGGUGGAGAUCUGCACAGUGUGUUGAUGUGUUACUGAAGGCUGGCGCUGAUGUUAAUGUACAGAAUACAGAAGGUGACACACCACUUCAUAAGGGAGCAAAUCGGGGAUUUACAGAGUGUGCUGAUAUCUUAUUGACGGCUGGAGCUGAUGUUAAUGUACAGAAUAGAAAAGGUGACACACCACUUCAUAUAACAGCAGUGUGGGGAUCUCCAGAGUGUAUUGAUGUGUUACUGAAGGCUGGAGCUGAUGUUAAUGUACAGAAUAAUACAGGUGACACACCACUUCAUAAAGCAGCAGCACGUGGAUCUGCAGUGUGUGUUGAUGUGUUACUGAAGGCUGAAGCUGAUGUUAAUGUACAGAAUAAACAAGGUGACACACCACUUCUUCAAGCAACAGUACGGGCAUCUACAAUGUGUGUUUAUGUGUUAUUGAAGGCUGGAGCUGAUGUUAAUGUACAGAAUAAUACAGGUGACACACCACUUCAUAGAGCCGCAUGGGGGAAAUUUAGAAAGGGUAUUGAUAUGUUAGUGAAGGCUGGAGCUGAUGUUAAUGUGAAAAAUAAUGCAGGUGAUACACCACUUCAAAGGGGAGUAGCAGGGCUCCGUUGUAACGAAUACACAAGGUGA